UACGAUUGUUACUCACUGUUUUUAGCAGCGCGUACUUUAGACAGAUUCCGUACAGCAGGAAUGCUGUGUGCGCGGCCGGUUGGGAACGGCUCGGUACGGGGCUUCGGGGAGCAGAGAGGAACAGGCUCGGAGGGGCUGACAGCCCGGCGGAGACGCCCCCCGCGCCCGCCCGGGGCCAGCCCGGGGUCCCCAUGGAGUGGGAGUUGCGGAGCCCAGUCGCCGAGCAGUAGCCGCAGCAGUGGGAUGUUUACCUGGCGGUGCCUCAUCCUUUGGGCUGUGCUGGUCACAGCCGCGCUCUCCGCUGCCAGGCCAGUCCCGACCCUGCCCGACCAAGUUCUGCCCAAAGCAAAAAUCGAAGUGGAAUCCUACUCGGCGCACCCCGGUGACCUCCUCCAGCUGCGCUGCCGGCUGCGGGAUGACGUCCAGAGCAUCAACUGGGUGCGCGACGGCGUCCAGCUGGCCGAGAACAACCGGACGCGCAUUACCGGGGAGGAGGUAGAGGUCAGGGACGCGGUGCCCGAGGACUCGGGGCUCUAUGCCUGCAUGACCAACAGCCCCUCGGGAAGCGAGACCACCUACUUCUCCGUGAACGUCUCAGAUGCGCUCCCUUCCGCAGAGGAUGAUGAUGACGAAGACGAUUCCUCCUCGGAGGAGAAGGAGGCAGAUAACACCAAACCGAACCAAGCCGUCGCUCCCUACUGGACCUAUCCCGAGAAGAUGGAGAAGAAGCUCCACGCCGUCCCCGCCGCCAAGACGGUGAAAUUCAAGUGUCCGUCGAGUGGGACGCCCAACCCUACACUGCGCUGGCUGAAGAACGGCAAGGAGUUCAAACCCGACCACCGCAUCGGGGGGUACAAGGUCCGCUACGCGACCUGGAGCAUCAUCAUGGACUCGGUGGUGCCGUCCGAUAAAGGCAACUAUACGUGCAUCGUGGAGAACAAAUACGGGAGCAUCAACCACACCUACCAGCUGGAUGUCGUGGAGCGGUCCCCGCACCGGCCCAUCCUGCAGGCGGGGUUGCCAGCCAACAAGACGGUGGCCCUGGGCAGCAACGUGGAGUUUGUCUGCAAGGUCUACAGCGACCCCCAGCCCCACAUCCAGUGGCUGAAACACAUCGAGGUGAACGGCAGCAAGAUCGGCCCCGACAACCUGCCCUACGUGCAGAUCCUGAAGACGGCUGGCGUUAACACGACAGACAAAGAAAUGGAAGUCCUUCACUUAAGGAAUGUCUCAUUUGAGGAUGCUGGGGAGUAUACAUGUUUGGCGGGUAAUUCUAUUGGGAUCUCCCAUCACUCUGCAUGGUUGACAGUUCUCGAAGCUAUUGAGGACACCCCGGCCAUGAUGACGUCCCCCCUCUACCUGGAGAUCAUCAUCUACUGCACCGGGGCCUUCCUCAUCUCCUGCAUGGUGGUGACCGUCAUCAUCUACAAGAUGAAGAGCACCACCAAGAAGACGGACUUCAACAGCCAGCUGGCCGUGCACAAGCUGGCCAAGAGCAUCCCCCUGCGCAGACAGGUGUCGGCCGACUCCAGCUCCUCCAUGAACUCGGGCGUGAUGCUGGUGCGGCCCUCGCGGCUCUCCUCCAGCGGCACCCCCAUGCUGGCCGGCGUCUCCGAGUACGAGCUCCCCGAGGAUCCGCGCUGGGAGCUGCCCCGGGACAGGCUGAUCCUGGGCAAACCUCUGGGAGAAGGAUGCUUCGGGCAGGUGGUGCUGGCGGAAGCCAUUGGCCUCGACAAGGACAAGCCAAACCGUGUCACCAAGGUGGCGGUGAAGAUGCUCAAGUCUGACGCCACGGAGAAGGACUUGUCUGACCUCAUCUCUGAGAUGGAGAUGAUGAAGAUGAUUGGGAAGCACAAGAACAUCAUCAACCUGCUGGGAGCCUGCACGCAGGACGGACCCCUCUACGUGAUCGUGGAGUACGCGAGCAAGGGCAACCUGCGGGAAUACCUGCAGGCGCGGCGGCCCCCCGGCAUGGAGUACUGCUACAACCCCACCCGUGUCCCCGAGGAGCAGCUCUCCUUCAAGGACCUGGUCUCGUGCGCCUACCAGGUGGCCCGGGGCAUGGAGUACCUGGCCUCCAAGAAGUGCAUCCACAGGGACUUGGCUGCCAGGAACGUCUUGGUGACCGAGGACAACGUGAUGAAGAUCGCUGACUUUGGUCUGGCCCGUGACAUCCACCAUAUCGAUUACUACAAGAAGACGACAAAUGGUCGCCUGCCGGUGAAGUGGAUGGCCCCGGAGGCUCUGUUCGAUCGAAUAUACACUCACCAGAGCGAUGUGUGGUCCUUCGGUGUGCUGCUGUGGGAGAUCUUCACGCUGGGCGGCUCGCCCUACCCCGGCGUGCCCGUCGAGGAGCUCUUCAAGCUGCUGAAGGAAGGCCACAGGAUGGACAAGCCCAGCAACUGCACCAAUGAGCUGUACAUGAUGAUGCGGGAUUGCUGGCACGCUGUCCCUUCCCAGAGACCCACCUUCAAGCAGCUGGUGGAGGACCUGGACAGGAUCGUGGCCAUGACCUCCAACCAGGAGUACCUGGACCUCUCCAUGCCGCUGGAUCAGUAUUCUCCCGGCUUCCCGGACACCCGCAGCUCCACCUGUUCCUCGGGAGAGGACUCUGUGUUUUCUCAUGACCCCCUUCCCGACGAGCCGUGCCUUCCCAAGCUCCCCCCUCAGCACACCAACGGCGGACUGAAGCGACACUGAGGGUGGCACUGCCAGCAGGGAUUGCCGUGCCGUGCCCGCGGGCGCCCGGCAGGCGCUGCCUUCGCAGCCCGGUGGUGCUGAGCUCUCGCAGAAAGGAUUCAGAGACACAACCGUAGCAUCUCACGCAACCAAACCCACCCGCCUGUCCUGCCAGCUUCUCCUGCCGCCUUAGCUGUGAGCUCUCUGCAGCCCGAAGGGUUCGUUCUGGUGUUUCUUUGGUGAUUCCUGUUUUUUAAAGCCUCUUUUCCAUGGAGUCUGUGCUUGGUUUUACACUCGGUUGAGCCCAAACCCCAUCCCAUGGGUGAUGGCACCUGGCCAGGGAGCCAACCUCCCACCCUGGAACCACACGUCCUGGCCGGGCACGGAGAGAUGGGCUUCUCUGCGACCUGCAGAACUCUCAGAGCCGGGAUCAGCGCCGGGUUUCUGCAGCUGCGUGAGCCGGGAACGUCAGCAGGAAUGUGCCGGAGAUGCUGUGCUCAGCAGUGCCGGCACCGCCGGGCUUUGCCGACCCAACCCAGGUACCGGGGGGCAUGGGGAGGCGGCGCGUGCGGCGCUCAGCGCUGGUGGCGGCAGCGGCUGAACCGGCGCUGAAAGCGAAAGCCCCGUGUACAUAGCUAAAAAUAUGUAUAAAUAUGAAUUAUAUAUUUACAUGUCUUUUAAAAAGGGUUGUUACCAGAGCUAUACCAGUUUGGUAGUGAGGUACUAGUGGCUGGUAGGUAUCAGUUGCUAUAAAAACAAAGUCCAUAUAUUUUGCUACUUUUGCUGUUUUUAUUUUUUUAAAUUAUGUUCUAAACCUAUUUCAGUUUAGGCCCCUCGGUAUGAAUUGCUGCUGCUGCUUCAGUUUUAUAUGGGGUUGUAUUAAACAAUAAUAAUAAUAAUAAUAAUAAUAAUGUGCCGAUGCCUUUUGGGAAUACGUUGUCAUGACGUGCCUGGCUUUUUCCCGGCCCCCCCGCGCUGUCCCCUCAGCCCUCGGGGUUGGGCGUUACGGUGCCACAUUGGUGCCCUGCGCUUUAGGGGUCGGGAAGGAGCUGGGACGGCCGCUGGGAUGCCGGAGUGGUGCCGCGUGGCACCAAAUCCUCGGGGGACGCUGCCCCUGCUCCCCGGGCGAUGCCCGCCAGUGCCUUACGGCGCCCGGGGAGCAUCCUCAGCCGGGUCCCACCUCUCCGUACGCACCGGGCUCGGUCGCCGAGGCGGCUGCGGUGCUCGGCUGCCCAAGCUCGGCUCCGCCAGGGCAUUUCCUUGCUGGGGGGGAGCCCCUCGUCGCUGGUGUUGAGACCCCCCCCCCAGAGCCAGGGCGCUGUUACUUGAAAAGUUUAUUUUGCCUUUGUAUGGAGAAAUAUUAUUUGUUGUAAACUCUUCUGUAAUGAAUCUGGAAUUCUUGUAAUUAUUAAAGACUUUA